UUCAUGUCUUGUGAUUUAUUUUCUCCCUUUCUUUUUGGACUUUAAUCUUAAGUGGACAGCAAUUUGGAACAGUGUCAGCACCUUGUUGGAUUGUGCUGUUUGGGAGAGGUGACACAGAGUAUUUUAAAGGAGCAGGUUAAGAACUUUUCAUAAGGAAUCAAUUGAGAGAAAAUAAAAUAGAAACAGACUGUCCCACAUUUGGGCUGAGCACCAAACACAUUUUUUUUUUUUUUUUUUGAGACUGAGUCUUGCUCUGUCACUCAGGCUGGAAUGCAGUGGCGCGAUCUCGGCUCACUGCAGCCUUCGCCUCCCGGGUUCAAGUGAUUCUUCUGCCUCAGCCUCCCAAGUAGCUGGGAUUACAGGUGCCCACCACCAUGCCAGGCUAAUUUUUGUAUUUUUAGUAGAGACGAGGUUUCACCAUGUUGGCCAGGCUGGUCUUGAACUCCUGACCAAGUGAUCCACCUGCUUCGGCCUCCCAAAGUGCUGGGAUUACAGGCACGAGCCACUGCACCUGGCCUCAAACAAGCUUUUUAAUUGCAUUCAGAAGUGCACCAACUAGGCACAGACCUCUGGCAUGGAGACAGAAUGGGCGGUUCUUGGUGUCUGGCCUGGUCUUGCAGAAAUCAGGGAGUUGCGGGGACCAGGCAGCCACUGUGCAUCAGAUAGGAGUUUCAGCAGCAGGCAACAGAAAGCCUGCCAAUGUAGCUGAAAUAAGAAGGGCUUAUUUUUAUCCCUGAACAGAAGCUUCCAGCACUGGUUCAUCAGAUCAGGGCACUGAGCUGGCAUCCCCAUUUACACAGUUUUCCUUUCCUUCACCUUUGUAAGAUGCCUGGCACAGCUCUGAGCAUCAAAUAUCUGUGCCAUGUGGGAGCACACGAGGGGACAAGUGGGGAAUAGGGUCUCCUCUGUCCUCUGUCCCCAGGCUGGCUUCUCUCAUGGUAGAAGGACCCCCACAGCACCAGGCCUCAUAACUACCCUGCUGGUAAACUGCAGGUGCUGUCACGGCUUCCUGCCUUCGUAUAUGAAAUGUUCCUUGGCAGUUGGACUGCUGUUUGUUUACCGCACGCACAGCUCUGCUGCGUCUUGGUUACACCAGUGAGCUAUUGCUCCAUGACAAGCCACACCGAAAUGUAGCAAGCACUUAUUGUUGCCCACAUGUCUCAAGUCAGUUGAGUGUUUCUGCCAAUCGGGGCCUGGCUUGGCCCACCUUGGCUGAGCUUGCUCUGGUGCUAGGGUCAGCUAGACAGGUCGGCAGGGGAGACCAGCUGCUCUAGAAGAGCCUGGACAGGAUGAAUUGGUUCUCCUUCCACGUGCAUCUUGCAUCCCUCUAGCCAAGGAUUUGAACCCAGGUCUCGUCUGACUCCAAAUGCACCAAGAGGAUGGAGCCCAGAGUGACACAGAGGAAGAGGCCCCUGGAUGGAUGCAUGGGGAAGAUCACGGGAAUUACAAGUGACAUACUGAAGUAUGAUCACAAAUGUUUCAAAUUAAGCCUUCCUGCUAAGUUUCCAGAGGUGUGUGGCUUGGAUGAAGUGUUUCCAGACCCCGAUCUACUGCAUGUCCUGCCUGUUGCUGGUUCUUUGCAGCAGUCCAUUGACCAAUGCUGUCUACAGCUUGAGAGCCUCUGCAGGCCAGGGCUGCUCUGUGCACAUCCUACGUUACUAUUCAAACUGCACAGCAGCAUGAAAAACAGGCCCUUCUUUUCUCUCAUUUACACGUAUGUGAAGAAGACACAACAAGUGAGAAAACGUGACCGAAAGCCAUGUGGACAGGUGGCCGCAGGGCCAAACCCAACUUCCAUGAUGUGAUCUGGCUACAGUUUGGAGCCCACAUAUUUCAAUAGUUAUCCCCAGGCCUGGCACGUCAAAGAGGCUCCAGAAAUGUUUGCUGAGUGAGUGAUGAAUCAGCAAUUUCUGAUUUUCUCCUAAACUUAGAGAAUAAGUGGCUUGUCUGCAGUCACCCAGGGCGUCCCUGACAGAGGUACAAGUAAAGCCCAGAUCUCUGCAUCUCUGGUUCAGGGCCUUUUGUACUACACACCCCUGUCUCUUUGUCAUCAUUAAAAGCAAGGCUCAAGGGACAUGUUUUCUAGCCUUAGUUCCCCAUCUACAAAAUGGGCCUCAUGGAAUGGAAUGUCUCCACUUCACUCCAGCAUCAACAAGUGGGGAAUUCUGAUGGAUUCAAUUCGACUUCUUUCCAUGGGCGUGUUCUAAGCAGCCUCUUUGUUCCAGAAGCUGCCCUCAGCCAGAGUUGGAUAAGCCAAUCCUCACUCCCCAGCCUCCUCUGGAUAGGGAUGAAGACCCCACUGGGGUUGGAAGUGCAGAGGCAGACAGGUGUAUGGAGUCACCUGUAAAUUGAUUCAAGUGAGCCAGGAAAGCAGCAAAGGAAAGAGAAACCUGAGUGACAACGUGGUGGAGGAACAGGGCUGGAAAGAGGCUGCUGGCUGUCUGGCUUCGCAGCUCUGGCCUCCUAAUCAGCCUCGCUCUUGUCUCUGGUGUUCUCUGGCUCUUGUCCAUCUGUCUGUGUUUCUUUUUGCCAGCUAUUGACUAAUCUUUGCUGGAGCUGAGCUAGAAUUCUGGUGUUUAUAAGCAGGUAACUAGCUAAGCACUAGUUGAUAACUUUGGAGUUAGUGGAUAACCACAGGGCUGGGCUACUAAGCUUUUUCAGUUGAAAAAUAAAUAAAUAAAUAAACACCACACCCAGCUAAUUUUUGUAUUUUUAGUAGAGACAGGGUUUCACCGUGUUAGCCAGGAUGGACUCCAUCUCCUGACCUCGUGAUCCGCCUACCUCGGCCUCCCAAAGUGCUGGGAUUACAGGCGUGAGCCACCAC